AUGCCUCCGAAAAAAAGGGCAAACGGUUAUUCACAUGAUUCUUCAAAAAAUUCUAAAAGAAAAUCCGGGAUUCAGUCGAAUUUCACAAUACAAGAACUGUUCUCAAAGCAGCGGCCAUCAAUACCAAACUCCCAUAAGUUAAUUGACAGUGCAGAGCCAGAGCAAGGUAAACACGAAAUAUCCGAUGAUGAUUUUAAUAUUGCAUUAAAACUUCAAAAAGAAUUUGAUGAGGAACUUGCUGAGGUGGGAGACAGUCAAAAAGCGGAUGCCUUCAACAGUGAUAAGCCUGUGUCCUAUUCACCAACAGAUGAACCUCCGGACGGGUCUCCAAGUGCAUUAAUGAAAGAAGAAAACGUCCCAACUGGAAUUAGAACCACGCUUAGUAGUAAUUGCCAAGAAGCGUACUUUAUCGACGAGGAUACUUUUCAGCAAGAUCCUCUAGCCUUUGAAAAAUAUUGCCGCGAAAGAGUUCCGAGAAAUACUGAAAGUGAUGCACCUUAUUCCUUUCUAGCGAAUACGUUUGUUCUAAUAAGUAUGACAAAAUCCAGGAUUCGGAUAGUCACCCUCCUCACUAAUUGUAUUUUAUCUUUAUUAUAUUUAGAAAAAGAAUCUUUAUUGUCUGCAGUAUGGCUUUCUACUAACGACAUAGCUCCUAGUUUUUACGGAAAAAAUUUAGGAGUUGGGCCGGCUAUGUACUCGAAAGCACUGAAAGAGGUUUGCGGAAUCUCUUCACAAUCACUGAAAACCCUUUGGAAUCGUCACGGUGAUCCUGGUGAUGUUGCAUAUGAGGCUAAAGUGUCUGUCCGUACAUUGUUCCAACCUCAGCCAUUAACCAUCAAAAAAGUAUACUCCACUUUAUUGAAAAUUGCUGAAUGUAUUGGUAAUGGGGCUCAAAAUCGCAAACUUGAAUUGACAAAAUUUCUUUUAAUAUCAGCUAAAUCGGAGGAAGUGCGAUACAUAGGAAGGAGCAUUAUGCAAAAUCUUAGGAUUGGAGCUGUGCAAAAUACUAUGCUUACUGCUUUGAGUAAAGCCUUUGUUAUCUAUUCUGAUUAUGAGAGACUAAAUAAAUUAGGGACUGAAGCUUUACAAGCAGAGUUUCAGAAGGCGGAAGAAACAGUAAAACAAUGCUUUUAUCAAGUUCCGGAUUACAACAUCCUUGUCCAGGCGCUAUUGACCACGGGGUUAAAUAACUUAACCCAACGUAUGUCUAUAAGACCCUGUACUCCAGUGAAACCAAUGUUCGGGUCAAUCACGAAGGAUUUACAAGAAAUGUUACAAAAAUUAGAGGGCCAUAAUUUUUGUUGUGAAUUCAAAUACGAUGGCCAAAGGGCCCAGGUGCACAAGUCCAAAAUGGGCGAAGUUAAAAUUUUUAGUCGUCAUCUUGAGGAAAUUAGUGAACGGUAUCCCGACGUUAUAGAUUCUUGUCAAAUCGCCCAAAAGAGUAAUGGUGAUUAUAUUAUAGAAGGUGAGUUGGUAGCUAUCGAUUUUAACACAGGACAAAUUCGUGAUUUUCAGACGCUUUCCACGAGAGAAAGAAAGAAAGUGAAUUUAAAUGAAAUAACGGUUCAUGUCUGUUUCUUCAUUUUCGAUAUGAUGUACUUUGAAGGAGAGUCUUUGUUACAAUGCCCUUUAUCAAGUAGAAGAAAAAAGAUUAACGAAGCUUUUAAUAUGGUUCCUAAUCAAUUUCAGCUUGUUGCAUCUCUCGAAUCGAAAGACGAGGCUGUUAUCCAGGAAUUUUUUAAUUUGGCGAUUAGUAGCAAAUGCGAAGGAUUGAUGGUAAAAGUUUUGGACGGAAUAAAUUCAAAGCUACCUUCGACAUAUGAGCCUGACAAACGAGGCGAAGGCUGGAUUAAGGUAAAACAAGAUUACUCCGAAGAAUUUGAAUCUUUAGAUCUUGUACCGAUUGGUGCUUGGUAUGGCAAUGGAAGAAAGGCAGGAUGGUUUAGUCCUAUUCUUCUUGCUGUUUUCAACCCCGAAAAUGCAGUAUAUGAAGCGGUGUGCAAAUGUAUGUCUGGGUUCAGCGACCAAUUUUACAAAGAAUUAACUGAUCGUUAUUCCCUUGAUUCGGGACAUAGUAGCCUUGCACCCGUAUCUAGUAUUUAUGAAGUAGGGAAAGUUCAACCACAGAUCUUUUUUACUCCUAAAGAAGUCUGGGAAAUCAAGGGUGCACAGAUUACUUCUUCUCCUGUUUACAAAGCAGGUAUUGGGUUAGCUGAUGGAGAUCGCGGAUUAUCAAUUCGAUUUCCACGUUUCAUAAAAAUCCGAUCGGACAAAGGUCCUGAGGAUGCAUCUACUAAUACAAUGCUAGCUGAGAUGUACACGAAACAAAACCAAUGA